AUGGGUGACGUGGGCAAGGACCUGACGGCCGGCACGGUGAGCGGCGCGGCGCAGCUGGUGGUGGGCCACCCGUUCGAUACCAUCAAGGUGAAGCUGCAGAGCCAGCCCACGCCGCCGCCUGCCCAGCCGCCCCGCUACGCCGGCGCCGCCGGCGCCGUCCGGCAGACGCGGGCGGCCGAGGGGCCCCGCGGCCUGUACAAGGGCAUGGGCGCUCCUCUCGCCACUGUGGCGGCCUUCAACGCCGUCCUCUUCACCGUCAGGGGACAGAUGGAGGCCGUGCUGCGCUCCGAGCCAGGCGCGCCGCUCACCAUCGGCCAGCAGGUCGUUGCCGGCGCUGGCGCGGGAGUCGCCGUCUCGUUCCUGGCGUGCCCCACCGAGCUCAUCAAGUGCAGGUUGCAAGCCCAGAGCGUCUUGGCCACUGCUGCUCCUGCGGCCGCUGCCGCCGGCGCAGGAGGCGUCGCAGCGGCCACCAUGACCGCGGCAGUGAAAUACGGAGGCCCGAUCGAUGUGGCGAAGCAGGUGCUCAAAUCGGAAGGCGGCACGCGCGGGCUGUUCAAGGGCCUCUUCCCGACGCUGGCGCGCGAGGUCCCCGGCAACGCCGUCAUGUUCGGCGUGUACGAGGCGACCAAGCAGGUCCUCGCCGGCGGGCAGGACACGUCGCAGCUCGGCCGUGGGUCGCUGAUCUUGGCGGGCGGGCUCGCCGGCGCCUCCUUCUGGGGCUCCGUGUACCCGACCGACGUCGUCAAGAGCGUGACCCAGGUGGACGACAACAAGAACCCCAAGUACUCGGGCUCCAUGGACGCCUUCCGGAAGAUCCUCGCCGCCGACGGCGUGAAGGGCCUGUACAAGGGGUUCGGCCCCGCCAUGGCGCGCAGCGUGCCGGCCAACGGCGCGUCGGUGCCUGCUUCUUGGCGUACGAGUUGA